CCGCGCUCGCUCGCCCUUCCCCAGCGCAGGUCGAGGAGGAAGCAAAGCCGCUUCCUCUCCUCCUCCUCCUCCCGGGCGGGCGGGCCUCCGGUUCCCGCCCCCCAGCUCCUGCUCCAGCGCAGGCAUGGCGGCCACGGGGUUCGUGCUGCUGGCGGCCGAGUGGCGGCGCCAAGCCCUGCGGGGACUGCAGUGCCAGCAGAGCUCAGUGUGGACAUGCUAAUUUUUAUCCUCACAACAACCCUGCGAGAAAAUGGAUUUGGGUCCCAGGAGCCAAGAGGUACGCUUCUGCAGUAGCACAGAGCAGUAUUGAGAAGGUCCUAGUUGCAAAUAGAGGCGAAAUAGCAUGCAGGGUGAUGCGGACUGCCAGGAAGAUGGGGGUGAAGUCUGUGGCAGUUUACAGCGAUGUCGACAAGAAUUCAAUGCACGUAGCAAUGGCUGAUGAAGCAUAUUCCAUAGGCCCAGCACCAUCACAACAGAGCUACUUGGCCAUGGAAAAGAUCAUGCAGGUGGCCAAAAAGUCAGCUGCACAGGCUAUCCAUCCAGGCUAUGGCUUCUUGUCAGAAAACACUGAGUUUGCAGAACUCUGCAGCCAAGAAGGAAUCAUUUUUAUAGGUCCUCCUUCAUCUGCUAUCAGAGAUAUGGGCAUUAAAAGCACUUCUAAGGCCAUAAUGUCUGCUGCUGGAGUUCCUGUUGUGGAGGGUUACCAUGGUGAAGAUCAAUCUGACAGUUUCUUGCAAGAGCAAGCCCGGAGAAUAGGGUAUCCGGUCAUGAUCAAAGCGGUUCGUGGAGGUGGAGGAAAGGGCAUGAGAAUUGCUCUCUCAGAAAAAGAAUUUCAGGACCAGUUGGAAUCAGCCAGGAGGGAAGCAAAGAAGUCUUUCAGCGAUGAUGCUAUGUUGAUAGAGAAAUUUGUAGAUAAUCCAAGGCAUGUAGAAGUUCAGGUAUUUGGAGAUCAGCAUGGCAAUGCAGUCUAUCUCUUUGAAAGAGAUUGUAGUGUACAGAGAAGACAUCAGAAAAUCAUUGAAGAAGCUCCAGGGCCAGGUAUUAAGCCUGAAGUGAGGAGGAAACUUGGAGAGGCCGCUGUAAAGGCAGCUAAAGCUGUGAACUAUGUUGGAGCAGGAACGGUGGAGUUUAUAAUGGAUAGUCAGCAUAAUUUCUAUUUCAUGGAGAUGAACACCAGGCUGCAAGUGGAGCACCCAGUUACAGAGAUGAUCACAGGGACUGACCUGGUGGAGUGGCAGCUGAGGGUAGCAGCAGGAGAGAAGAUUCCUUUAACUCAGGAAGAAAUCUCGCUCAAGGGACACGCGUUUGAAGCUCGGAUCUAUGCUGAAGAUCCAAACAACAACUUCAUGCCUGGGGCUGGACCCUUGUUGCAUUUGUCCACACCACCUUCUGACAGCUGUACCAGGAUAGAAACUGGAGUAAGACAAGGAGAUGAGGUUUCUAUACAUUAUGACCCAAUGAUUGCCAAGUUAGUAGUCUGGGCAGAAGAUCGUCAAGCAGCAUUAAGGAGAUUAAGAUUCUGCCUCCAACAGUAUAAUAUUGUAGGGCUAAGCACCAACGUUGAUUUCUUACUGAGUCUCUCGAGCCACCCAGAAUUUGAGGCUGGAAAUGUUCACACCAAUUUUAUCCCUCAACACUAUGAUGAGCUCUUUCCACCCCAAAAGGUGAUAUCUAAAGUGUCCUUGUGUCAGGCAGCUCUUGGACUCAUACUGAGAGAGAAAAUGACAACAGACACCUUUAGAGAUCUGUCAGAAGAUAAGUUCUCUCCAUUUGCAUCUAGCAAUGGCAGAAGAAUAAAUAUACCCUACCUUAGAAAUUUGACUCUUCUAGAUGGUGAAAAUAAAGUGAACAUAACUGUGAUCUACAAUCGUGAUGGGUCAUAUGACAUGCAGAUUCAGGAUGAGUCUUUCCAUGUUUCUGGGGAUCUUUCAAGCACUGGCAAUUCAGAUUUCAUAAGAUGUGUAGUAAAUGGAGUUGUUCAUAAAUCCAAGCUGGUUAUUUUGGAUGAUGCCAUUUACCUCUUCUCACUGGACGGCAGUGAACAGGUCGGUCUUCCAGUGCCCAAAUUCUUAUCUGGAGUGAGUGCAACUGGAGAUCAGGGUGGGGCUGUGGCUCCUAUGACAGGGACAAUAGAAAAGGUGUUUGUGAAAGCUGGGGACAGAGUCCAGGUUGGAGAUCCGCUCAUGGUUAUGAUAGCUAUGAAAAUGGAGCAUACCAUCCGGGCUCCAAAGGCAGGGAUAAUAAAGAAAGUUCAUUAUCAAGAAGGAUCACAGGCCAACAGACAUGCUCCACUAGUUGAAUUUGUGGAGGAAGAUUCUGAUUCGGAGUCAUAGUGAUCUCCAGUAUGAAUGAAGUGAAUGAAGGUGCCAUUGAUUCUUUUUUCUUUAAGAAAGCAUCUUUAUUCAUUGAAAUAAUUGCUAAUAAAAUGCUUUUAUUUC